GGCACCAGAGCUGGAGGAGGCGGUGGAGGGCGGCGGCGCCGGCGGCGGAGGAGACGGACCAGCGGGAAAGAAGGGAGAAGCCACACCCGCCGGCCAGGACGUCUUAGAGAUGGAGAAGGAGUUCAACCAGAUCGACAAGGCCGGCAACUGGGCGGCCAUUUACCAGGAUAUUAGACACGAAGCCAGUGACUUUCCCUGUAAAGUGGCCAAACUUCCCAAAAACAAAAAUCGAAACAGGUACAGAGAUGUCAGUCCCUUUGACCAUAGUCGAAUUAAGCUACACCACGAAGAUAAUGAUUAUAUAAAUGCUAGUUUGAUUAAAAUGGAAGAGGCCCAAAGAAGCUAUAUUCUCACUCAGGGCCCUCUGCCUAACACAUGUGGUCACUUUUGGGAGAUGGUUUGGGAACAGAAAAGCCGGGGAGUUGUCAUGCUUAACAGAGUGAUGGAAAAGGGAUCAUUAAAAUGUGCACAAUAUUGGCCACAAAAAGAAGAAAAGGAAAUGAUCUUCGAAGAUACAAAUUUGAAAUUAACAUUGAUUUCUGAAGAUAUAAAAUCAUAUUAUACAGUACGCCAGUUAGAAUUGGAAAACCUUACAACACAAGAAACUAGAGAAAUCCUACACUUUCACUAUACCACAUGGCCUGAUUUUGGAGUCCCUGAAUCUCCUGCCUCCUUCCUAAACUUUCUGUUUAAAGUUCGAGAAUCAGGGUCCUUAAGCCCUGAAUAUGGACCUAUUGUUGUACACUGCAGCGCCGGGAUUGGGAGAUCAGGAACGUUUUGUCUGGCUGACACUUGCCUCUUGCUGAUGGACAAGAGGAAAGAUCCUUCUUCUGUAGACAUUAAGCAGGUGCUUCUGGAAAUGCGGAAAUACAGAAUGGGGCUGAUCCAGACAGCAGACCAACUGCGUUUCUCUUAUCUGGCUGUUAUUGAAGGAGCCAAAUAUAUUAUGGGAGACUCUUCUGUUCAGGAGCAAUGGAAAGAGCUCUCCAAUGAGGAUUUGGAGCCACCUCCAGAGUAUACUCCCCCACCACCCAGACCACCAAAACGGAUAUUGGAACCACACAAUGGAAGAUGCAAAGAAUUCUUCCCAAACCACCAGUGGAAAAUGAAUGAGAUGGAAGCUAAAGAACAAGAUGGCCCUAUUAUAGAAGAAAGCAUAACUUCCUUAACUGUACCACUGACCACAGAAAGUCAAGACACUGGAGUUAGAAGGAGAACUGUUAGUGAACAUCAGAAUGCCACUUCCACCAAAGAAGAGCCAUCCCCGGAAGAGGAUGAAGACAAUAUGGCGACCACCUGGAAGCCCUUUCUAGUCAAUAUCUGUAUGUUCACUGUCCUCACAGCUGGAGCUUACCUCUGUUACAGGGUAUGUUUUCAUUGAUGGACCUGAUGGCAGGAUGGGAGUGUACAGAAAAAACCAUCAGUUGGACUGGUUUCUAAUUCAGUUCUAUGAAAUUAACUGAGUCGUGUCUCAGAAGAAACAAAUCUAAGGUUAAAAGUCUGGAACUUUGGUAGGGCUAAAAGAGAAAAUUAAUUGAUGCACUAGGGUUUAAAUAAGCCCUGUGGUCCCAAGAAUAAAAUAGUUGAAUCUCAGGGCCUUAAAAUAUUCAGGACUAAGCAGAGAAAAUGCCAAAUAAAUCUCUCCUGUUUUUGUUUCUUUGUUCAUUUUGUUUUUUAAAAGAAUAAUAGAAUUACAACACAUUGUUGUUUUUAACCUUUUUGAAAGCCAGUUCUUUGUUUUGUUCUAUUUCUGAAAAAAGACUCAGCAAAAGUAAAACUUGCUUGUACUCUCCAAGUGUUGAAACCGAAUCUGCAAUUUCUGUUUGAUUUCCCAGAAGAACCCUCAUCUUUUUGAGAAUGUCAUUUGGUAAGGAGGGGAGGAUGGGAGGAACCAUGUUAUACUCAGCUACACUUCAUCUGGUGUUCAGACGGAGUGGUGGGCAGUGCCUGUGCUGAUUAUCUGUUGACCACAGCAUUCAUUCCCUUUUUAACAUGGUCCUUACUAAAAAUGAAGAAGAAAAAACCACAAACCCAGGUUCUGCAUUUGCUCAGGGUAUUCCUUGCUUCCCCCUUCCCCCACCCACAAUUAGAAAUAGUUAAUUUCUCAAUUGGUACUAUUAAACUCAACCUGCAUCUGCACAUGCCUGGGUUAUGCUGUCCCCUGCACAUUUGUUUACCUUUUUCCCUUGCAGGGGUUCAGGGAGUUCAACUCAGAUAUGUCCACCAGCAUUUUAAAAGCCUCUGUUAGUAUUUAGGAAGACUAGUCUUCACAUGAUUUGGACUGUAAAUUGCAGUCUUCUUAUAAAUACACUUGGUAAAGUUGGCUGCUGUUUAAAUGAGGGGCAGAAAAAUGCUCUAGGAUUCAUCCAAUACCACAAACCAUUAGAAAACAGUUGAAUGAAUACAGAGCCCAGUCCCACAGCAGCCACCUCGAAAGAGUUUUAAGAGGUCACCCGCUUCUGCUCAAGGAGUCAGAUCAGUGACUGAGCAAAAGGGAAGCAGCUUUCCUUUGGCUUUGGGGUUGCUUUUCUUUGCUUUAGAAAACAGAUUUCAGUAAUGGCUUUGUUUUGGCUCGGCUCUUUGCUGUGAAUGUUGUCAGGUGGCAUAGGUGGGUUAGUGUGUAAGUCUCGCAUCUCCACAGACACCUGGGUUCUGGGCUGACUUCACUUGAUAAUGAUUGGUUUCAUUCCACUUCCUGUUCUACAGCAUCUCAGAAAGGUCUGUUCCGCCCAAAUGGCAGUUGCUGCUUGUAGGAACAGCAGCAGAAUGGCAGGAAUUAAGGGUUAAGAAAGCCAUGAGGUAAAAGUUUGCUCUCACUCCUGCUUUGUCUUUUUGUUGUGGUUGUUGGUGUUGUUCGGCCCUGGCCCUAGCCACCCCUCUCCCUUUUCCCCUACAUGUACAGAGUCCAGUUUCUCAAGGAGAAUGAAAGAAUGCAGUGGUGCAGAUAAGCAGAAGGGGCAAAAUAGAGUACUUAUAGUUGCAGUAGCCAGUCCAAGACACUCGAUCUUGAUCUGCAAUGGUGCCACUAAUUGGUGCUUUUUAAUGAAUCCUAGUCAUGCAAGCACUUAAACACCAUUUUCAGCCAACCUUUUAUGGAGUAUAUUGUGUAAUGAAUCUUUUCACUCCAUAUUUAUUUUCCCCCCAACGGUAUCCAUAGCUCUAGCAUUUUCUUAAACUAAUAAUGUGUUUAAAAAAAUUUUUUUUAAUGUCAGCCUUGCAUCAAGGGCUUAUCGGAAGUACAAUAAUAAAUCUUCAGGUAGUGCUGGGAAUUUAAGACAUACCUGAUAGGCUAUGGAAUCCAUCCAGUACUUGAAAGGAAGAAGAUUGUAAGCAGUCAUUAUUGAGUAAUAUUGUGGUUUUCAUUAAAAGAGAUAUCGGGAUAUGUUUAUAGAACAAUGGUAUCAUAAUAUAUAAUGAACAUUUGUGUAUUUAAGAGACAGUAUGUGAUUUCUUUGUCCCAGUUACUUUCCCUAGAGUAUUGUUCUCAAGCAACAUUUUCCCCAUUUGUAUUAGAAUGCAUGUAAGGUCGUCUUGUGUCCUGAUUAAAUACCAUGUGCUUGAAGGUGAAAGAACUUAUAUUUCUGCUUACUGAUGUGCCCACACAUAACAGUCAAAUUUAUAUUUGCAUGAUCUGAUCGUUAAGUGGCUGUGGUUCACGAGGCUGUUGCUGAAAAUGUCUUCAUUCAGCAAUAGAUUGAUAGAUAUUUAUCCAAUAACAGAUACUUGCCUAAUUAUUAGGCAUGACUUUCUAUUCAGUUUUACUCAGUAACCCAGUUUAUCAUACUUAACUAUCAACUGAGUAGCAACUGUACUACAGACAUUCCAAGUGUAUGAUAAGCCCUAAUCACACCUCACCCACUAGUCAUCUCAGGCAGUCAGUCUCCCCACUGACCUUUGACGGUAUCAUUUACUGCUCCAAAUUCAGAAACAUAUCCUGGAGCAAACCAUUAUUUGGAAUAAAGGCUAAGUAAAGAACAAAGCAGUUAAUUUUUGCUGUGGAGCGCUCUGGCAAACUGGAUCUCUUAAUAUAGGUGGCCUACAUACAGUUAACUGCAGUAUCUUUCCUGUUUGGAAGUAUUAAUUCUAGUCUUGGUGGGAAUCCCUCACCUCACCCUCCAAACACACAUACACACCACACACACAACAACAAAACCCUGUCAGCCCUCCACAGUGAUUCAGUUAUAUCAUAGCUACUCCUUUGAAAGAAAUCAUAAGGUCUUCAAGUUAUGACUUUCAUUUUUUUAAAUGAGGGGAAAUGGGGAGAGGGUAGGGGGAGGUGGCUGCAGCUAUUCUGCUGGUCUUUACCAGCAAUUUCACAUUUUGCCUUUGACCAGUUGGAUGCCAUUAAGGAUUUCUACUGUAAUGAGAACAGAGUAAAAUAACCCUACAGAGCAUUAGUGAGGUGUGUCUAAGGCUUAUAAUGCCAAACUGUAAGCAUCUUUUUCUCAAGUCCUGUAUAUGUAUGUAGUAGUUUGGGUAUGUAUAUACAGCAAGUAGAAUUUCAAAAUGGGUGUAUUGGUUAACCGCCUAUUCUUGGAGAAUGGAUGGCUAUCCAUCUUGUUAAAUGUAUGUUAGAAAGUUAGUGAGCUGCUAAUGCUAUAUGCCUUAAGCAAAUAUUUACUCAUCAGGUCUUUCUUUUUUUACCAAUGGCCAUAGAAUAAUACCAUUUUUACAAAAAUAAAAAUAAACAAAAACAAAAUGUUUUGGUAUAAUA